GAUUGUCAGUUACGCACUUCCGUGGUUCAUGACGUGUUUCCUGUGUCGGUUGGCAGGAGGAAACGCAGCAGGCAACACAAGUGUAUUUAUUGAGUUGGAUCAAGAAGACAUUUCAUCAUGAAGGAACAGGACACACAAGAGUCGUCCACGCAGGGCAGUGAUGCAGCCCCUGGCACGGGAGAGAUGGAGGGAAGCAAGGCGGAAAAAGAUGUUACAGACGCUGACAGCCUUAAAGAGCAAGAGCAGGACAUGCCUUCACAAGCUGAUGGGGAUGAAAGUGCAGUGGCUGCCGUUUCCAACACAGCAGAGUCUGCAGCCGUCCCCACGGUCCCACCUGUAGCAGACCCUGUACCCCUCCCAGUCUCCACUGUAGGAGACCCUGUACCAGUCUCCACUAUAACGGCGGUGGUGUCGUCUCAGUGUGACAUGGCUGAGGAGCUGAGCCGCCAGCUGGAGGACAUCCUCAACACCUACUGCCUGGAGGACAACGGGGAGGACGGAGUUAACCUGCCCAAUGGCCAAUCACACUGCCCCGUGCUCAAUGGCCUGGCCAAUGAGAAGGAGUUAGAUGUCAAGCCGGGGGAGGUCAAAGUGAACGCCAGCGGAGUGGAGAAGGAGAAAGUGAGGAUUCAAGAGAAGAAGAAGGUGAAGGGUCUGGGUAAAGAGAUCACCCUGCUGAUGCAGACCCUGAACACUCUGAGUACACCAGAGGAGAAACUGGCAGGCCUCUGUAAGAAGUAUGCUGAACUGCUGGAGGAGCAGCGGAACAAUCGGAAGCAAAUGCGUGUCCUGCAGAAGAAACAGUCUCAGCUGGUGCAGGAGACGGACCACCUGAGGAACGAACACAGCAAGGCCAUCCUGGCACGCAGCAAACUGGAGUCACUAUGUAGGGAGCUGCAGAGACACAACCGCACACUCAAGGAUGACGGGAUGCAGCGUGCACGUGUGGAGGAGGAGAAGAGGAAGGAAGUGACAUCACACUUCCAGGUGACUCUGAAUGACAUCCAAGCCCAGAUGGAGCAGCAUAAUGAGAGGAAUGCUAGUCUGAGGCUGGAGAACUCUGAGCUGGCAGAGAAGCUCAAGAAACUCAUCCAGCAGUACGAACUACGAGAGGAGCACAUUGACAAGGUGUUCAGGCAUAAGGAACUGCAGCAACAGCUGGUGGAUGCUAAGCUACACCAGGCUCAGGAACUGCUCCUGGAGUCAGAGGACCGCCAUCACAGAGAGAAGGACUUUCUGCUGAAGGAAGCGGCAGAGUCUCAGAGGAUGUGUGAGCUGAUGAAGCAGCAGGAGGUCCAUCUCAAACAACAGCUGUCCUUAUACACAGAGAAGUUUGAGGAGUUUCAGACCACUCUUUCAAAGAGCAACGAGGUGUUCACCACAUUCAAACAGGAGAUGGAGAAGAUGACAAAGAAGAUCAAGAAGCUGGAGAAGGAGACGACCAUGUAUCGCUCCAGGUGGGAGAGCAGCAACAAGGCCCUGCUGAAUAUGGCUGAGGAGAAAACUCUGCAGGAGCGUGAGUUUGACAGCCUCCAGGGGAAGGUAGGGAGGCUGGAGAAGCUUUGUCGGGCGUUGCAGAACGAACGCAACGAACUCAGCAAAAAGGUCCAGGACCUGAGCGCCGGCCCCGAGGACGACACCAACCCAGGAGAUGAAUCCACCUCCCUCCCCCCCAUAGACUCCCAGGAGCCCAGCCCAGACCCUGACGACACCACCACCCCUAGCUCCCCCACACCCUGCUGCCACUUCAGCCCAGAGUUGGACACUGAGAACCAGGCCUGUGCAGUCCCCCUCACUGCCCAGGAAUGAAACCUCUCGCCUGGGCAACAACGCUCACACUCUCCUCUUCACCAACCAACUACCAGCCUGCAAGCCAAGCCACGACUAAUGUAGGCUUCAAGAGUGUGGGUGUGUGUAAUUCCCUCAGGAAUAAGAUGAAGUUGUCCCCAAACCACAGAUCUAGGAUCAGUUUCCAUUUCGUCCAGCCUAAUUUAAAACCCAAUAGGGCGGUGCAAGAAAAUCUGGUCCUGGAUCUGCAGUCAGGUAGCAGCUUCUACUUACUCUGGUUCUCCCCCCUGGAGAGUUGAAGGUGAUGUCAGUCAGGGAAGAUUGUGCCGCCUUGAAGGUUCUUAUCCUGCGUUUUGGUCUUUUGUCCAUUCCUUUGAGAACUCCUGUACACAAUGUUCAUGUAAAUCACAAGCUAAAGAAAGUCUGUGCCCCAAAUGUCACCCUAUUCCCUAAAUAGUGCCCUAUAUUUCACCAGAACCCUAGAUAAUGUUGGACCAGAAGAGUAUUUAGUAGGUGUGUCUCCAUCGGUCUUUUUGUGUGUGUGUGUGUGUGUGUCUGUCAUAUAGAGAGACGGUGAAGCUGCAGAUGUCUGGCCACAGUUGGACUUCAACCCAGAGCAUCAUCAUCAGUGUGUAUAUCUCUAGGUUGGGGAUGUCUUGAAAAUAGGCACUUUCUUUCAUUCUGUUCUAGAUAUCGUUGUUUAUCCCAGAACCAGAGGUCCAGAGCGUUAGUGGAUUCAUUCUGUUCUAGAUAUCGUUGUUUAUCCCAGAACCAGAGGUCCGGAGCUUCAAUGGAUUCAUUCUGUUCUAGAUAUCGUUGUUUAUCCCAGAACCAGAGGUCCAGAGCGUUAGUGGAUUCAUUCUGUUCUAGAUAUCGUUGUUUAUCCCAGAACCAGAGGUCCAGAGCGUUAGUGGAUUCAUUCUGUUCUAGAUAUCGUUGUUUAUCCCAGAACCAGAGGUCCAGAGCGUUAGUGGAUUCAUUCUGUUCUAGAUAUCGUUGUUUAUCCCAGAACCAGAGGUCCAGAGCGUUAGUGGAUUCAUUCUGUUCUAUAUAUCGUUGUUUAUCCCAGAACCAGAGGUCCAGAGCGUUAGUGGAUUCAUUCUGUUCUAGAUAUCGUUGUUUAUCCCAGAACCAGAGGUCCAGAGCGUUAGUGGAUUCAUUCUGUUCUAGAUAUCGUUGUUUAUCCCAGAACCAGAGGUCCAGAGCGUUAGUGGAUUAUGUACGUAUUCUUUAGGAAUUUUGCACAAUCGGUGGAUCCACACAAAGUACUCUUAAACCAGGGGUGUGUAAUCUCUAGGAACCAACAGGAAGCAAAUAAGGCAAACCAGGGAAGGGACUGAUCUGAACUUGUCCAAUAAGAAACUUGUUUUCCGUUGCAAAAUGUUACGCUACGGUGUGCACUACUGAAUACACCUGUGUUUUGGUUUGUUUCUUUAUAUCAUGUUACACAGCAAGAGUUUGUAGACUGUUUGAUAUGUUAACACCAGUGUAUCUAAUGGAGAAACACCACGAUAGAUAGAUGGAUGGAUGGAUGGAUAGAUAUAUAUCAGUCACAUGUUUUCUUAAUUGUUAAGUAAUUGAGAUUUUUUUUUGUUCGUCAUCAUUCCCACAAUAUGCAUGUAUCCAUUCCACACGCUCAUAUUCCUUGUUUUCAAAUUUAAUUCUACAACAUUUGAUCCCAUGGAAUGUUUUUCAUGCUGCCUUUCCUUGCUAUCAUGACCAUGUAUAUGUUUAAGAUGUAAGAUUCCAUAACCACUGAAACAGAUAUUGAAAUGUACUGACCAAGGUGGCUACCAAUAAUGAAUUCCUGUGUGUGGGUGAGUAUACGCAUCUUAGCAAGAUUGUUGAAUCACAACUCGGAUAGUUCGAUUUGUUAAUCAGGUGCAGUAAUAAAAUAUUUUAACUGAUAUUUCUAUGCAACCCCAGCCUCGCUAUUUAGUUUUGUGGCAGUUUGAUUUGACAAGAACUUAACAGAGAAUGUAUUAUCCGCUCCAGUCCUCGACACACUGUCCUGGGGUGUAUUCACUAAGAACCAAACGUUAGGAAACAGAAUGUAAUCGGGAGGGAACUACCUGAAUUCAUCCAAUAGAAACUUGUUUUCGGUUGUAAAAUGGUUUGUGAAGGUGUACACACUAAUGAAUACACCCCCAGACGUAAACACUCAGCUGACCCGAACUACAGAUCUAGGAUCAGAUUACUCUAGCCCAUUCCUAACCACAGAUCUAGGAUCAGAAUACUCUAGCCCAUUCCUAACCACAGAUCUAGGAUCAGAAUACUCUAGCCCAUUCCUAACCACAGAUCUAGGAUCAGAAUACUCUAGCCCAUUCCUAACCACAGAUCUAGGAUCAGAGUACUCUAGCCCAUUCCUAACCACAGAUCUAGGAUCAGAAUACUCUAGUCCAUUCCUAACCCUGACCAUUGGGAAGGUGAAACAACUGACCCUGUAUCAGUGGUUAGUGGCAAUGUCUACCUUCUCCUAUAUAAACCGUGUAGUGUUCAAGUUGACAUGGUUAUGACUGGUGCCAGUCAGUGUGUUACCCAUACUGUUUUAAAAAAGGAAGACUAAUUUUCUCUUCUGUACACUUGUUGAACAGGAAGUUUAUUUUCACUAUCAAGAGUUAUGUCGGAAAAAGAAUAGGUGAAAUUAUUUCAAUGAAAGUCUGCAUAAAUUGUCUUUCUGUCGUGUACACUUGCUGUGUCUUCCAUGUUUCAGAUUGUAGUCCAGGUCCGGGGGCUGCAGUUUGAGGAAUGCAAUAUUUGUCUUUAAACUUAUUUCUUUCAUAAUCACACAGUUUAUCGUAAUCACAAGACAACCCUUAUUUCCUUUGUCUCCUAACACUGACUCAGCCAUGUUGAUCAAUAACCAAAUAGUGUUUCUAUUUUCCUAUACUUUUGUCUUAUCCUGUGUACUUUAAUUACUCGCUCAUUAAAAUAUGUAUCUGUUA